UUGCUCUAUUAUUUUGCGCCUGCGCUCUUGAUGGUCUACGCGACGUACCUAAAAUCAUUUUGUGGAAAAUUUGAAGUUUGUUGUUAUUUGUGACAACUUAUAAUUCAUAAUUAUUUAUGAAAGCUUCGUGCUAAUUACCAUUCCAGGCGCGGGGCAAGAUUUCACUGUGGUGGUUAGCCUGGAUGCGUUCAGACACUAUACUUCGAGCGGUGUACGGUAGCCAUCUUGGAAUCGAACAAAGCUUCAGAUGUGUAGUUUGUCUGUUUAUCAAUAAUUUUUGUGCAUUUUCUUGUAAAUAGUUUGUAUGUUUAGGAUAUGUACGGAACGUUCGUCCAUAUGUGUAAAUAGCUAUGGCUGCGACAAGGAAAUUACAAGGUGAAAUAGACAGGUGUUUAAAAAAGGUAACGGAGGGUGUGGAGACGUUCGAUGACAUCUGGCAGAAGGUACACAAUGCGACGAACAGUAACCAAAAAGAGAAGUAUGAGGCAGACCUCAAGAAGGAGAUCAAGAAGCUUCAGAGGCUACGGGAUCAGAUCAAGUCGUGGAUCGCCUCCGGGGAGAUUAAGGAUAAGAGUACACUUUUAGAAUAUAGGAAACUAAUAGAAACACAAAUGGAAAGGUUCAAAGUAGUGGAGCGGGAGACGAAAACGAAGGCGUACUCGAAGGAGGGCCUCGGCGCGGCGCAGAAGCUGGACCCCGCGCAGAAGGAGCGUGAGGAAAUGUCUUCAUGGCUAGUCUCCUCCAUCGACGCACUUAAUUUACAAGUUGAUCAAUUUGAGUCUGAAGUAGAGUCACUUCUAGUGGGUAAGAAGAAAAGGUUGGACAAGGAGAAACAAGACCGUAUGGAGGAGCUAAAAUCUAAGCUGGAAAAGCACAGGUUCCACAUAAAGAAGUUAGAGACACUGCUAAGAAUGCUUGACAAUAUGUCAGUUGAAGUUGAACAGAUAAAAAGGAUAAAAGACGACGUAGAGUACUACAUAGACUCGUCAAUGGAGCCGGGCUUCGAGGAGAACGAGUACAUAUACGACGACAUCCGCGGCCUCGACGAGAUCGAGCUCAGCGGCGUGGGCCUGCCCUCCUCCGCCACCACCGACAGCAACAACAGCAACGACUCUGCUGGCUCACCCACUAGUAUGCUCUCAGGUACAAGUCCAAUAACAUCACCAACGUUAGACGUACAUAAUCACUCAACAGACUCCAUAGACGUCGAAAAGAAGAAAAAAGAAGACAUCAUAGCGAAAGUGUGCGAUUUGUCUUUUUCACCGACGAUUCAUACGACAUUGCCGGUAAAACCACUGCCGCUGCGCGCGGUGAACGCGAGCGCGGUCAGUAACAGCACGUGUAACGUUAGUUCCUUGCUCAAUAACUCCGCAGCAUCCACCAAUAGCGUCAGCAGCCCCGCCGCCGCCUCGGGCGCCUCCACGCCCAGCAAGCUGCCCGCGCCCGCCGACCCGCCCGCACUACACGCGCACAAGCCUAACAACACCGAAGUAGUGGAGAAUGGUCCGGUGUCGACUACACCCGCGCAUACGGCAACACAUCUACCGCCCGCGCCUGCGCUUCCCCCGCCAACGUCGAAGAGUUCGUCCGUGCCGCUCGGGUCGAGCGCGAGCGCGAGCGAGACGGCGGCGUCGCCCCUCACCGUGAACGGGCCCAGCCAGCCCGCGCAUCACACGCCGCAACACCAACCCAACAACGGGCGCGCGGCGGGCGGCGGCGCGGGCACGGCGUCGCUCAAGAGCAUGGCGCAGGAGGCCGUGCAGCGCGCGGGGCUCGCGCACGCACACCCACAGGUACACAUCAACUGUUAUACAUCUGCAAGAGCAUGGCGCAGGAGGCCGUGCAGCGCGCGGGGCUCGCGCACGCACACCCACAGGUACACAUCAACUGUUAUACAUCUGCAAGAGCAUGGCGCAGGAGGCCGUGCAGCGCGCGGGGCUCGCGCACGCACACCCACAGGUACACAUCAACUGUUAUACAUCUGCAAGAGCAUGGCGCAGGAGGCCGUGCAGCGCGCGGGGCUCGCGCACGCACACCCACAGGUACACAUCAACUGUUAUACAUCUGCAAGAGCAUGGCGCAGGAGGCCGUGCAGCGCGCGGGGCUCGCGCACGCACACCCACAGGUACACAUCAACUGUUAUACAUCUGCAAGAGCAUGGCGCAGGAGGCCGUGCAGCGCGCGGGGCUCGCGCACGCACACCCACAGGUACACAUCAACUGUUAUACAUCUGCAAGAGCAUGGCGCAGGAGGCCGUGCAGCGCGCGGGGCUCGCGCACGCACACCCACAGGUACACAUCAACUGUUAUACAUCUGCAAGAGCAUGGCGCAGGAGGCCGUGCAGCGCGCGGGGCUCGCGCACGCACACCCACAGGUACACAUCAACUGUUAUACAUCUGCAAGAGCAUGGCGCAGGAGGCCGUGCAGCGCGCGGGGCUCGCGCACGCACACCCACAGGUACACAUCAACUGUUAUACAUCUGCAAGAGCAUGGCGCAGGAGGCCGUGCAGCGCGCGGGGCUCGCGCACGCACACCCACAGGUACACAUCAACUGUUAUACAUCUGCAAGAGCAUGGCGCAGGAGGCCGUGCAGCGCGCGGGGCUCGCGCACGCACACCCACAGGUACACAUCAACUGUUAUACAUCUGCAAGAGCAUGGCGCAGGAGGCCGUGCAGCGCGCGGGGCUCGCGCACGCACACCCACAGGUACACAUCAACUGUUAUACAUCUGCAAGAGCAUGGCGCAGGAGGCCGUGCAGCGCGCGGGGCUCGCGCACGCACACCCACAGGUACACAUCAACUGUUAUACAUCUGCAAGAGCAUGGCGCAGGAGGCCGUGCAGCGCGCGGGGCUCGCGCACGCACACCCACAGGUACACAUCAACUGUUAUACAUCUGCAAGAGCAUGGCGCAGGAGGCCGUGCAGCGCGCGGGGCUCGCGCACGCACACCCACAGGUACACAUCAACUGUUAUACAUCUGCAAGAGCAUGGCGCAGGAGGCCGUGCAGCGCGCGGGGCUCGCGCACGCACACCCACAGAACCUAAGACGAGGAGCACCUAUAGCGCAAGCGCACAUUCCGCCUUUAUUGGGUGUCGCACCACUAGGGCCACUACCACUUAACUCUGACCACCAGCUACAAUUCCAGAUGUUGGAAUCGUCGUUCUACCAUAUGCCGCACCCGUCAGAUUCAGAGAGAUCGCGGACAUACCUACCAAGAAAUAUAUGCCCGACCCCCCUAUAUUACAACCAGGUGGUGUUGCCGCACUCGGACUCGGUGGACUUCUUCCAGCGCCUGUCCACGGAGACGCUAUUCUUCAUAUUCUACUACAUGGAGGGCACGAAGGCGCAGUACCUCGCCGCCAAGGCGCUCAAGAAGCAGAGCUGGCGCUUCCAUACCAAGUACAUGAUGUGGUUCCAGAGGCACGAGGAGCCCAAGGUCAUCAACGAGGAGUAUGAACAGGGGACGUAUAUCUACUUUGACUACGAGAAGUGGGGCCAGCGGAAGAAGGAGGGCUUCACGUUCGAGUAUAAGUACUUAGAGGACCGGGACUUGAACUGAGCGAGGGCAGUGUACAGUAGCGGCCGCCGCCGCGUCAUUCCUGCAGCCCGCGCCCGCCCGCUGCCGCCACUACGGCAGCUGAUCUGAAUACUUCACUAUGUGUGACCUUGAUGGAUGAUAUUGAAUGAAGUGUUGUCUGGAUUUUUUUUUGUGUGUGAGUCAUAGCCGUAGUGCGGGCAACGCCCGGGAGGCCUGUCGCCCCACAUGGACACUUCCUGCACUGGACGGCGGCUCGCCGGCGGGCGGGACGCCAAGAGGUUGAUGCGUACCGACACUCAAUUGUAACUAAAACUAGUAUACCUGAACACAUUCUGGCAGUUUUGUAAAAUGGAAUAAUUUGUGAGGACACGAAGUCAGUUAGUAUCGAAGCCGAAGUGUUUGUAAACUGUACACAAGAACGAACAAGCGAAAGAUAACGUGAAGAUUAGUUUCAGCCAUAAAAGGUUGUUAGUAGCGAAACAUGUGAUAUUGUUAUAGGCGCCCGGGCCGACCUCGACACCCGCGCCCUCGCGGUGUUCCCGACAGGUUGCUCGCUGAACAAAACUGCUUACCUAUCAUUUGUACUGAGCGAUAGACGAAUAGUGUUUCUGUUGUUGGUUAUGAUCGUUGCUCAGCGACCAACCUAACAUCCUCGGCCGGCGACAGCUGGGUUGAUUGUGAAGCCUCCAUUAAACGGUUAGCGCACAUUUAAUUUGUAGUACAUUUAUUGGAGCGUCGGCUUGAGUAUUGUUUAGUAAGAGCAGUGGUCGCACGGCUGGCGGCUGGCGCUAGGCGAGGACGGCUCGGGUCAUUUGUUUUUAAACUUGUGUAUAGACAUUGGAAUAGUUUGAAAUUAUUUUAAGUGCUAACUCGCGCGCACCACACUCGAUGCAUUUGUGAUCUUAAUUUUUGUAGACUGACUAGUUUUCUUAUAAUUGUGAUCAAUACUGACGAAUGUGAUUGUCAGUGUUCUAUUGAAGCUGACGGUUCCGAGGGCGCAUCAUCGUGCUCGGCGGCGGUGCGUGCGGCCUAGAUACCUAAAUAUAACUACAAUAAGGACCUCCAGUGUGAUUUCAUUAGUUUGCUAAGUAAUACACUUUUUCACCUCUAAAAUUAUGUAUAUUUUAGUUAGUGCAUUUAAAUUUGAACAAAAGUUAAAUUAUGUAAGAGCAUGCAUGUCCCACUGCCAAUGUAUUAUAUUAUUGGAUAGCUAUAUAUAUUAUAAUUAUAUAAA